UGCGGAGAGCACUUGCUAUACGUACAGUACACACGUUACGAGUGACGUAUACGAAACAGACUUCGUUUUCGUAUUGAGGAAUUUUACAAGGAUUAAUCAAUUUUCCUCGUUUCACGGGGAUUAUAACGCCACCUUUUACGAAAAUUAAGGGAAAAAGACAUGGCGAACAUUGCCGAUAUCGAAGAAAUUGUACAGACAUGGGCUUGGACAGCUUUUCUGAAGACAAGGUCCAAAGACGUUAGUAAAUUGAAACUUGAGGAUGUGAAACUUGACGUGAAUUGGUCAAGAGUUCGAUUCCUAACGUGCCAACCUGAGUUUUCGGACGAAAAAAUGGCAGUACUACCAAAUUCACAGGUUGUUUUCACAUCAACAUUUGUCAAUAACACGGACCAGGAACAAGAACAUUCCUUUAAGACGGAACGUACCACAACCUCUGUCAGCACAGUUACAGUUUCAAAAGGAUACAGUAAAGGGUUCAACCUCGAACUGAAACUGGCACUUCCGGAGGAAGUGGCUGCAGUGACGGCAGGUUUUGGACGGGAAGUAAAUAUGGAUAAUACAGAGGAGAGUUCGCACGAAGAAUCGAUCACGUGGGCUGUAGAUAGUACCGUCAAGGUGCCAGGGAAGCACACGACCACGGCGGAAAUGGUGGUGAAGGAAAAGCAGUUCACUUCUAGUUAUAAAAUGGCAGUGAGAAUACGAGGAAUCGUGAUUGUGUCCGUGCUUAAUUUGAAGGAUAAUAAUUCGUUUGUACAAUCUUUAGAAGGAGAUUUCUCGGUAAUUAUGUCAGAUGAGCUGAAACGUGGACGGAGUGGAUAUCAAGUUGAAAACAAGACAGUUACCUUUAAUGUAGAGGGUUCUUGCAAAUUCAGAUUUGGAGUAGAACAGCGAGUACAACUUAAAGAACAAACCAUCGAAGAAUAAGAUUUUUGAAUAUGUCAGGGAAGGGAUAUGCAGGAAAGCGACAUUAUGAAGUACCUCUACGUACUAAAAGGGUUGUUUAUUUAGCUUUUGGCAAGUGUAGGUAUAUACUAUGUACCAGGGCUUAAGCUGGAUAAAUAUAAAUUGUCACUAGGUGGUGCGCCGUGACAAUCUUUGGGGCGCCGUCUGGUGAGUAUUAAAACUGCCUUCAAAGCAAAGAAACUAUAUAGCGUGGCAUAUGAAGAAUUAUUGAGCUUCGUUGAAUUAUCGUGAUGUACCAUAUUUAAUGUCCAUUUGAAUAACAGUAGUUCUGUGCAGUUUUAUAUAUUUGUGGGUUGCUUGUGCCAGGGACAUCAUCGUGGUGCCAGGGACGUCGCCAAGAAAAUGAUCUGUAUUUUGCGAGAGAGGCUAGAAUUUUCAUUUCAUUUUUAUGAAUGCAUAUACAUAUAUGCUAUGGCUCGAAUAUAAACGCGCAGCUGAUUAAACGAUCAGAAAAUCAAUAUCAAAGGAUGACUUUAAAUUAAAUUUUAUAUCACACAACAUGUCACGAGGACUAAGAUUAGAAUAUUAAUGAAAGUCUAUUGUAAUAUAUGAAGGUUUGACUUUAUACAAUACUAAUGUAUGUAGACAGGGACCAGAGAAUUGAAGUCUGCUUGGUCCUUCAGGAUAUCUGAGAAAGUCCGCCUACAUUUUACUUCUGUAAGAAAUAUUCUGUAGGUGCAUGUCUUUGAAAUAGGAACGUGAAUGUGAGUUUAUUAAUUAAAUAUUAAAUAGUUAUUCAAACAGGAGAAUAAAUCAUUUAAUAACCAAUUGGUUAAUUUCAAAAUGUAGCCUUAAAAUCUCAUAGUUUAUAAAAUGAUUGAUUACCCUGUUGUGAUGAUAUAUCUUUAACUGGGAAAAAUCGUGUCCCUAUGACUGUGACUGCUGUUUUGGUGAAUUGUAAAUGAGCACAUUAAUAUUUUAUAUUCAGCAUUACAUUAUACAUGGAAAUUGAUAUAUUGAUUUUGUAAUAAAACUUCGAAAGAUAUA